UGGUCGACCGUCACCUUCCCGGACCAGGUGGCACCUCCGGUGACGUUCACCUACGAGAUCAAUGGGGAAGCCCUGGUUUGCUGGCUUUCUGAGAUUACAAGAGCCCGCACUCCCCAUCGCUCCCUAAGUUGCACUACAUCGUUCGCCCUUAAGGAUGCUCCCCAGUUCUCCCCACUUCGACUCACCUUUUCUCCCGGAGCCGUGGCGUUGUCGUCCCAAGGACUCGGCCGCGGCGUUGUUCGGCACGGACUUCUUGAAGCUGAUUUGUUGCCCCGUGGGUUGCCGCAAGGGCGGCAGCCUGCUGCCCACGAUGGUAGCUCCACAGGUCGCGCUGAUGAACGUGACGCAGGGCGAGGACGUUCAUCGCUUUGAAAAGGACAUCCUGAACCAGCCAGCCGGACAUGGAGUGCAGGAAGCGUUGUACCUCGCUGCGUUCCUGAGCAAAGACUUCCAAGAGGUGUGCAUGCCUUUGCUUGAGGCCUUGGCAGUGUGACC